UUGCUCUCGUAUUUGUUAUUGUACUUUUGUAUACACGCGUGUGCGAGCGCGGCAAUACGACGAGAGUACGUUCGUGUAACCGUCAGUAUCGACAGAGCCGCGAUCGAAGUAAGUAGUAUUCGUGAUCGUCCAUCGAACAUCCAAAAGUUUCCAAAUACAUCGAGAAAUGGAGAAAUUACAGCUCACCAAAGAGUGCCUCAGCAAAAAAGCUCACGCGGACGUCGUUCUCAAUUUGUGGAAUUUUUUGGUCGUCUACAAUAUUCGCGCCAGCGAUUUACAAGACAAAGUGGUCGCGACGGCCAUGCUGAACGCGACGGCGAAAAACUCGGGAGCCUCGGCCAGCGACCUCGUGCGCACGGUACUCAGUUUCGGCUUCGAGGAUCCCAAGGACCUGCGGCUGUAUCGCGUGAAUCGCGGCGUACUGCUCGUCGCUUGCGUCGAGCACGUUCUGCUGCCCGACACGAUCAAAAAUAUAUAUCGAACGAUCUACAAUUGCGAUUAUCCGCAGGCGCUCAGGAUGUACAACCUGCUGAAGGGUCAAGACGAGGAUAUUCCACCCGGAAAAGUGGCGGCUCAGCGAAUCCUGCCGUUCUUCCAUUGCGACAAGUUUUUGAAGGAUCGGGUCUGCUUGCAAAGAAUAAGAUUGUAUUUGAGGAGCAUCACGAUCGAUGCCAAGGAGAUGGACUUCAUAAGGAGCGAAGUGAUUAGAUUGAUUGAGUCUUGUGAUGGAGAUCUUUCUGAGUGAUCGAUCGAUGUACCAUGUCCCGCGGAUUUUUAACUAAUUGUCCACGAACGCCAAGGGUCGAUCCACCGGUAAACCAUGGAUUUUCUCAACGUAAUUCCGCUGACCAGAUGGUACUAGAGGAAAAUAUCCGAUUCGAAUUUUCGACCAGAAUUAAUUUCAAAAGCUUGCUAUGAUUUUAUGUUUGUUCAAAUUUUUUUUAGAAUCUCUUUAGAAUU